AUGCUGUGUCAGGCAUUUCACAGAUUUGGCCAAAAGCUGGUACGCAGACGUCCACUGGAGGAAGAAGUAUUUGAGAUUUCCUUUGAAAGAAGCCUGAGCACUCUGGAUUUAGUGGCCCUGGGUGUGGGCCGCACAAUAGGUGCAGGUGUGUACAUCCUGGCUUGUGAGAUGAUCAGCAAUCAAGCAGGACCAUCCAUCGUGAUCUGCUUUUUGGUGGCUGGCUUAUCUUUUGUGUUGACUGGGCUGUGCUAUGCUGAGAUUAGUGCCUGGGUUCCCCAUUCUGGCUCCUCAUAUCUCUACACCUAUGUCAUUAUUGGUGAACUCUGGGCUUUCAUCACUGGCUGGAACCUCAUCCUGUCCUUUACUGCUGAUACAGUCAUUUAUACCAUGACCUGGGUCUUAACCUUUGAAAACCUGCUUGGGAACCAGAUGUCUCAGACCCUGCGUGAAAGCAUCUCUCAGCAUGUUCCUCAAGUCCUUGCAGACAAUCUAGGCUACUUUGCUGUGGUCCUUCUGUUGUUACUUAGAGAAAUUGAAUAUAUGAAUUUUUAUGAGUUAUUCGCCCUUUCCAAAGUGUUCAUAUUGGUGAAAAUUUUGGUUCUCAGUUUUGUCAUCAUCUCUGGCUUCAUUAAGGGGGACCUGCACAACUGGCAGCUCACAGAAGAGGACUACGUAAAGGCUGGACUCAAUGACACUUCUAAGUUGGGCCCUCUGGGCUCUGGAGGAUUUGUGCCUUUUGGCUUCCAGGGGAUUCUCCGUGGGCAGCUACUUGUUUCUAUACAUUUAUAG